AUGCCUGAAAUCAAAGUCACUCCCUUGGGAGCUGGGCAGGAUGUGGGACGCAGCUGUAUCCUGGUUUCCAUCGCUGGGAAGAAUGUGAUGUUGGACUGUGGGAUGCACAUGGGCUACAAUGAUGAUAGACGUUUCCCUGACUUCUCCUACAUCACCCAGAAUGGGAGGCUGACUGAUUUCCUGGACUGUGUCAUCAUCAGCCACUUCCACCUGGACCACUGUGGAGCACUGCCCUACUUCAGUGAGAUGGUGGGUUAUGAUGGGCCCAUCUACAUGACACACCCCACCAAGGCCAUCUGCCCCAUCCUGCUGGAGGACUACAGGAAAAUCACUGUGGAUAAGAAAGGAGAAACCAACUUCUUCACUUCCCAAAUGAUUAAGGACUGCAUGAAGAAGGUGGUGGCUGUGCAUCUGCACCAGACAGUGCAGGUGGAUGAGGAGCUGGAGAUCAAGGCUUACUAUGCAGGUCAUGUGCUUGGUGCUGCCAUGUUCCAGAUCAAGGUUGGCUGUGAGUCAGUUGUGUACACUGGUGAUUAUAACAUGACACCAGACAGACACUUGGGAGCUGCCUGGAUUGACAAGUGUCGCCCAGACCUGCUGAUCAGUGAAUCCACCUAUGCCACAACCAUCAGAGACUCCAAAGCUGCAGGGCGCUGCAGGAAAAGAGACUUUCGGAAGAAGGUUCACGAGACUGUGGAAAGAGGAGGGAAGGUUCUUAUCCCAGUUUUUGCCCUUGGACGUGCCCAGGAACUUUGCAUUUUAUUGGAAACUUUCUGGGAAAGAAUGAACCUGAAGGCUCCAAUUUACUUCUCCACGGGGCUGACAGAGAAGGCAAAUCAUUACUACAAACUCUUCAUCACUUGGACUAACCAGAAAAUCCGGAAAACGUUUGUGCAGAGGAACAUGUUUGAGUUCAAACACAUCAAAGCCUUCGACAGAGCCUUUGCAGACAACCCAGGGCCUAUGGUGGUGUUUGCAACCCCUGGAAUGCUGCAUGCAGGACAGUCCCUCCAGAUCUUCAGGAAAUGGGCAGGGAAUGAAAAGAAUAUGGUGAUCAUGCCUGGCUACUGUGUGCAGGGAACUGUGGGCCACAAGAUCCUGAGUGGGCAACGCAAGCUGGAGAUGGAAGGGAGACAAAUUCUGGAAGUGAAGAUGCAGGUGGAGUACAUGUCCUUCAGUGCCCACGCAGAUGCCAAGGGGAUAAUGCAGCUGAUCCGCCAGGCUGAGCCAAGGAAUGUGCUCCUGGUCCAUGGGGAAGCCAAGAAAAUGGAGUUCCUGAAGCAGAAAAUAGAGCAGGAAUUCCAUGUCAGCUGCUUCAUGCCUGCCAAUGGGGAGACCACCACCAUCUUCACCAACCCCAGCAUCCCUGUGGACAUCUCCCUGGGGCUCCUCAAGAGAGAAACAGCCAUAGGUCCCUUACCAGAUGCCAAGAAGCCAAAGCUCAUGCAUGGCACCUUACUCAUGAAGGAUAACAGCUUCCGCCUGGUUUCCUCUGAGCAGGCCCUGAAGGAGCUGGGCCUGGCCGAGCACCAGCUGCGCUUCACCUGCCGCGUGCACAUCCAGGACCCGCGCAAGGAGCACGAGACAGUGCUCAGGGUCUACAACCACCUCAAGGGGGUCCUGAAGGAUUACUCAGUGCAGCAUCUCCCUGAUGGCUCUAUAACUGUGGAGUCCAUUCUUAUCCAGGCCACAGCACACUCAGAGGAUCAGGGAACCAAAGUCCUGCUCGUGUCCUGGACAUACCAGGAUGAGGAGCUGGGCAGCUAUCUCACCUCUCUGCUGAAGAAAGGCCUUCCCCAGAGCACAACCUGAGAGCAGAGCACAGGAGG